UGUAGUGCAGAUAUUUAUUCUUACAUCAGAUGUUACAUCUACUGUACAUGUGCGGGUUGUUAUCUGUUUAUUGAAGGAGCCUUGUGUCUCGUGACGACAACAGUGUGAAUACAGUUGAUUCUACUACCAAGAUGUCGGACGCUCGCGUACAUAUAGCCACAUGCUUGAAUGUUGACUGUGAAAUACAGUAUGCUCGAAUGUGUGAAGAUCUGGAGACCCGGGGGGUCGUCUGUGUCAUGGAAGGGAGGGGGGAUUAUGGCAUCGGGUCUACUUUUGUGAAGAGGUUCAAGGAAAUUGUGGAAAGCACCCUUGUGACAAUAAUACACCUGUGCCCUGACAUGAUCAACCGCCUAUCGAGUUUAACUGACGUUCUCCGAGAUCACCAAACUCAGAAAUAUUUAUUCAUACACGUCAAAUCUACGCCGAAAGAAGUUCCGGACGUUUACAAAGAAGUUACAAAGAUUCUCCUUGUGAAUGAUUCAUACUAUAACAAGGUCAUUGACAAGGUUGUGGAGAUUGCCCAACAGCCUCCUAGCUGUGUGUCGUCUGCUACUGAACUGGCCCACACGUCUGCUUCAGAUUUGUCGUCUGCUACAAGGGGGGAGGAUGGUUAUGAUUCUGACUCUGGUACUUAUUCCAACCCACCGCUUGGAGAGCCUGACGUCUUUGUCAGUCAUGUAGAAAAUCAGCAGUGUAGAGACACCGGGGUUUACUUUCUGUCCAGCAAGAUACAGUACAAGCCUCACCAUCUCUUGAAAUGGUCAUCCAAAAGUGAACUUCGAGAGAUGUGCCGCAAGACUAGACUUUAUGACAGUAGCAACAGAUCAAACACAGUUCGCUGUCUUCUGACCAAAGUCCUUCCAGAAACCUUUGCAAAGAAGAAUAUAUCUGCAAUAGUGGAACUUCUGGCAGUUCCAGUUCCUGAGAUACAGAAUAAAGUUUUAACUAAACUCGGGGACAUCCUACUUUCAACUAAACACGACACUAUUGAUCGGAAUGAUCUGAAGUCAGCUGAAAAGGCUUUGCUUGAACGCUGUCUGACAGAGAAUGAUGUUAUAGACCCCGUGUUCCUGCAUAAUUUGAUUUGCACGUACCUUCUGACUCUCACCUAUUUAGUGGUGUCCCAAGAAGCUCGUCAUUCAUCCUUGGAUUCGACAAUCAAACAGGUAAAGCGAUCGGUAUGGCAAUACAUUUCACAGCCAAGCUCAGGAAACGAGGUUCCUCUGAGUGACAUCAGUGUGUUUGUCGAUGGCAUACAAAAACGUAUUGAUGACGUCACCAAAGCAGUCACAGCAUGUGGAACGAAUUGGAAGCAACUUUGGUCCGUGAAGAAGAAAUCCUGGCCUGUUCAUUUCUCUAUGGUCUUGGGGACACUUAUGGAGGUAUUUCAUGGCGACCCCCAGACUGCCCUCGUGGCCUUAGACACACUUCCAGCACUACUGAAGCCAGGGAAACCCAAAGUUCGAAACGUGUUAAAGAAACCAAAAGCACAAAAGAGAGUUGUACAGUUGGUCACUACUGGGAUGGUGGCUUACCUGAAUGUCUUAGGAGAUGCAGUAGGUGAGGAUAUAGAAGAUCGUGCAAAGGCUGCUUUCACAGCUCUUGGAUUGUCACUGAAGGACUUGGACAGAAGCAUAUAUAUCAUGACAAGAUGUUUAUUGUUUUCGCAAAGCCCUGUGAUCAGACAGGGUGCCCUAUCCCUGUGGAAAGAUGCCAACGCUGAAUCAACACACAGUUUGAUGGUGACAGAGGUUCUGACGAAUCUACAUCCAAUCAGCAUCAACCGCCUGCACAAGCAACCAACCAACCAUUCUACAAGCAGCACAAGCUGGAAAGUAGCUUCUACUCAAAUUGGAUCAGAAAUAAUCAUGAUACACGUCAAUUUACCAACAGAGGAUGUCCUUGUGGAACAUAGCAGAAGUCCAUCCAAAUCGUCGGAUUGUGGUCACCUCACUACAGUCGAUAUUCUGAGAGCUCUUUCUACACAUAAGGGUAUCCUGUCUAUGUGGGCGUACAGAAUCGACCAGUUCCCUGUUUUCUACAUCACUGAGGAUUACAGCCAACAGAACUUCCAGAAGGUGCUUUAUUACAGUGCAAAGAACAAGGACUGGUUUCAACCUCUUCAGCUCAUGGAGUUCCUUAAACAAGCUCUGGAAGCAGUUAUCGCCCUUCAUGAAUAUGGCACAAUACACAGAGAUCUUACUGCUGCCAAUUUUGCAUAUAACAAACAGAGCAAAUCUGUCAAGCUGUGUCGCUUCAUGUUGGCUCGAAAAUGUGGCAGAGGCGAAACUCUUGUUGACAGAGAAUGUUCAACCAUUCCCACAAGAUGGUCCUCCCCAGAGUCCCUCAAGAAACACCAUUUCUCUAUGCGGUCUGAUUAUUGGAUGGUUGGGCAUCUCAUCUAUGAAGUCAUUACACACGGUUGCCUCCCCUACUCUGAUCUCAAAGGACAAAAUGAGACCUCCAUUGGCAAUCUGAUAAAGGAAGACAGAAAGAAGUUGUGCCAAGAAAGGUGCAUCCCAACAUCCGUGUUUGACGCCAUCCAAGGCUGCACCCGCUAUGAUGAUACCCAUCGCCUGUCCGUGUGUGAGGCAAAGAGCAGGUUGGAGGAGACUUUCGAUCGUUACAUCAGCUGCAACGAACUACCUGAAAAGAUAACUACCGUGACACCAGACAUUUUGUUUCCUGGACUUGACAGAUCAUCCUAUCAGAGUCUCCCAAAAGAAGAUUCCGAAGGCGAUAAUCCAUAUGACGAGUGUUUCCAUGAGUACCAAAAUUUUGAAGAAAUUCGAACUACCUCCACAAAAGAUGCCACAAAAGAUGCCACAAAAGAUGAACCGUUGUACGAGGAUUUGGGCCUAACUGACGAUGUAGAUUCUCUGCUUAAACCAAAUCAGAGAAUGGACAUACUGUGUCAUCGCCUGACGCAGACAGAAGAGUCACAAUUGAACACAGAGAGCAUCCCAGGAAUUUACGGCCAUGUGACUGUUGAGAAAAGGAAUGAAACAGAAUACAUGUUGUAUGACUUCCCGACUGGAGAUUGUGUCUCACUGAGCAAUGCGAUGGAUGUUAGGAGAUUCCGCCUAUGGUCUGUGGAGUACAUUCGCUGUUUGAGUGCAGUGGCAAAGACGUUGUCUCUUCUACAUCAGCAAAACUGGGUCCAUGGUUGUCUAUGUGCAGAUAAUAUUUGGAUAGCUUAUACUGAAGAUAAAGGCAGUUACAAGGUAUACUUCUCAGACCUUGGAUAUAUCCGUAUGUCACGUGACACUGAGGAUGGAAUGAUUGCCGAUGACAGUUUUGUUGUGCCACAGGAUGACCAUGUGUACAGAAGAUCGCCCCCUGAGGUAAUACGAGACGGUACCUACUCAUGGGCGAGUGACGUCUUCAGUUUUGGCCUGAUCUUGUGGAAUGGGUUCUCCAACUUUAGCACUUACCACGAUCAAAGGCAUGAAAACAUACUCGAGAGUAUUCCAAAGGAUAAGUUAUAUGAGUACCUGACCACAACAUCUGGACAACAGAUUCUUCCCAAACCGGAAAAGUGCCCGGAUACAAUCUAUUCUCUCAUGCUCCUCUGCUGGAGCCCAGAACGACAUGAAAGGCCACGGAUGACAUUUGUUCAACAGAAAUUACUGGAACAUAUAAGAGAUCAAGACCGUCCCUACAGAAAUCCGGAUAUUUAUGAUACUUUAGAUACUGAGGGGCAAUCAAGUGAAGAAGACCCGUAUACCUAUCCUGAUUCUGCAGACAUCAUACUGCCAGAUGACUAUGAUAGUGUGGAUGGGUUUUCCUCACAAUGUGAUGAGCCGCGCUCGUCCUUUACGCCAUCUACACUUGUCGUUGGCGGCACCGGUGUGUCGGUUGACAAAGAAACAUUCCAAGUUCACCCGACUCCCAGUAAACCAAGGCUUAAACCAAAACCUUUGCAAAGAAAUGAGACAAAUGGAAAAGUCUUACAAUUACCGAAGUACCUUGCGGAAUCUGGGAGUUCGUCUGAAAGCUCCGGAUCAAGAACAAAUAUUUACUGCACAGAUCAGAAUACAGUGUGUGGUCAACUACCCCGAAUUGGCAAGCCAGCUCAUAUUUCCAAAUCUAACCUGGAAUCUUUCCCCGAAGACUUGAAAUCCGUUAGUAGCGAGGAUUACCAGUAUGACAUGUUUAAUGUGAGCAAUGAUGAGAAGACGAAAACGAAUGAGAAACCACGUCUCCCUCCAAAGCCAAAAUAUGUGUCUCGCCAUACUCUCGCCAUACCCACAAGUGAUCAACUAUGUGGUUAUGCAUCUUCAAGUGAUUAUCAAAUAUAUGAUGACGGUAGGCAUCCUGUAGAUACAAGUCUCGAAUUGUCUCCCAUAAAUAGACCCGAAUCACAGCAACCGACAAACCAAACUGGGCUGAAGCCAAGCACUGUGCCACAACGGCCGGCAUAUGUCAAUUAUGGACCGCCCCCACUCGACAGUCCACCACCUCUACCACAGUGGCCGCCCCCACUCGACAGUCCAACACCUCAACGACGGCGGCCGCCCCUACUCGACAGUCGACCACCUUUACCAAAGCGCUUGCCCCCACGACGUUACAGGAAAAAAAAUAACCGGUGAUGCAACAGUUCAGGUCGGCCCUCUGUAUGGAUAAUUGAGUAGCAACAUGAAAACUGAUUGCUUGCCCAGGCACUUCAUCCUACUGAGAUCUCAGACGCUCUUCAGUGGGAUUCGUAGGCUACUUGACAAAUACUUGUGUCCUGGAGUAAAAACUGACUGAAAUGGAAUUAUGUAUUUAUGUGAAUGUAUUCGUGUCCCUUCUUGGCUAAUAUAUACAUUUAAUUUACUGUAGAUUGAUUUCUAUAGUGACCGAAUGGAUUAUUUAUCAUUAGUAUUUUACACGCACAGGUACCUGUUUCUCGAACUGUCAAAGCACUCCUUGCAAAUAGCGAUCUUUAGGUAAUACGCAUCGGCUCCCUAUCUGUACGCAUUCUUGCUGCCUUAAAUACUUAUUCUAGUGAGCACUUGAACACUUGAACACUUGAUAGCUUGGUGCUGCCCAGCUAACACACUACCUUGUCACAACGUUGUGGUAAGAUUGUGGAUUGGUAUUACUAACGCCGUGAUACAACGUUGGCACAACGUUAUUAUGUCCUUUUUCACACUUUCGCCAUCUUGGAUCAAAAACGAGCAUAGCGAGCAUAGCUCCAUGCAGUGUAAGUCGCAUCAGCUGAUAGGGAACAGACAUGAUGUGCAUUUCACUGAUAGACAUUUCAAACAAUAUAUGGUAUCCUCUGUAUCUAAUACAGAAGAUAUUGCACAUUAAACCUGAGGUCCAACUAAAAUAUGCCUGUAAUACACUGAAAUUCGCAUUUUGCUGUCAGGAUCCACGAAGUGAAUCGAAAGAGGCAUUUCGAGAUACGUAUUUCCGAAAUAGAUUGUUUUAUCAUAACCUCGUCGGCAUAUGGGUACAGUAUGAUAGUAUAUUGAAUGAAAGGAGUUUUGUAUCGUAAAUGAACUGCAUAACAUGAAACACGUCCGUGUAGUUUGCUAAUUUGCUCAGUCAAUUCGGGGCCUGGCGAACUCAAUAUCGUCGAUCAUGUUUAUUUCACGUUUUUUAGUGGUGUUUGCUGUACCACACACUAUCGCUUUGCCAUGAGUCCAUUUGACAUAAGACACUUUUUUCUGCUAUGAUUUUCAUCCAAACAUAUUACGAUGUGAAUGCAAUUAGCUCACAAAAUAGCUCGUGUGUCAAAAUAAAUAUUCAGAAGGGGCGAUAACUCUAUUCAGUGAGUACAACUUUACUUUUCCUUCAAUCAUCACAUAUUAAACCGACUAUUGGCACCGUGCAUGACAAAAGAUAUAAUGUGUGAAAUGUUGAAUUUAAAAUGAAACUUAAAAUUAAUAAAUUUAAUUUUUGCUUGAAAUAGAAUUCGAAGAAUUGAUACAAACAUCAACUUUUUGAACACACUGACCUAUAUGAUAAAAUAAAUGUACCGGUACAAAUUUUGUUGAUGGAAUGAGACAAAAUAAAAAAUAAAUUAAUCAGCAUAUACCGUUCAUUGUAAAGAGGUUAAAAUAUGUGAUGUGUCAUUUUUUACAUCAAAUUGGAACCCAAAUAUAAGUGUGCUGUUCCUUUAGCAGGACAAUAAUUAAUUAUUUGUUUGAUUUCGGAAUGAUUUGGUUGGUUGGUUUGUUGUUUAACGCCUCACUCAGCAUUAUUCCAGCUAUAUGACAGUAGUCUGUAAUAAUCGAGUCUGGACCAGACAA